AUGUCUCCGGAUUGGGAUAAGUCAACGCAAGCGAAUAUCACAAGAAUCAAGUGUUACAGAAAUGAUAUUUAUGCACAUGUAACAACAACUCGAGUUGAUAAUUCAACAUUUGAGUCUUUAUGGAAGAAAAUUUCUCAGGUGAUAGUAGAAUUGGGCGUUACACAGAGUGAUGUCGACGAUUUAGAAAAAUGUCCUCUUGGGCCUGAAGAAGAAGUGUAUGUGCAAAAGCUUAAAGAUUGGAAGCUGCACGAAGAUGAGUGUAUUAAAAUGCUUGCAACAAUGACACAAAUCGUUAAAGAAAACCGCGACGAGAUAAAUAAAACUCGCCAGUCUUCGGGCAAUCGUAAGCUAUCAAUACCCGGGGACACCAAUCCUGAAAAAAAAUCCCGCAUGGAAAGUGAUGAAGAUUUAUUGCGAAAACUUGCUAAGCAUAAUUUUAAGGGUAAAAUUAAAAGAAAAGUGAAAUUUUUCCUUCCUAGAACAAGGGAGUGGUUGUUAAGGGAAGUUAACGAGUGGUUUUAUGGAAGUGGCAGCCAUUCGAGGAUAAAAUUAAUAACAGCUGGACCAGGAUUUGGUAAAAGCGUUUUUGCCGCUAAAAUCUGUGAAGAUUUUGAGAAGAAUGGAAAGCUAGCUGCUUGUCACUUUUGUGAUUUAAGUAAAUCAAUCCUAAGAGAUCCUAUCGUGAUGCUGCAGUCUCUAGCAAGUCAGAUGUGCAAGAGCGUCCCAGGUUUCAAAGAGGAACUCCUUGAUCAGUUAAAGCGACCUCAUCAAGUUCAAAAUCUGAGAGAUGCAUUUCGAAUAUAUUUGCAAAAUCCCUUAGAUAAAUUGGAAAUAAAAGAGCCACGUUUAGUCGUUAUCGAUGGCUUGGAUGAAAGUGCUGCUCAUGAUAAGAAUGAAAUUACGUAUUUGAUUGCUGAAUGUUUUCCUGAUCUUCCCGAGUACAUCAAAAUCUUGGUGACGAGCAGGCCAGAGAUUUCCGUAGCCGAUCUAAAAUUAAGAGACGAUCAAAAGACAGACAUUUCCAAUGUUGAUGACAACAAUAACUCAGAUCUUGAACUUUAUUUUAAAGAAUGUUUUCCAAGUUUAGUCGGCAGGGAAGUGGAUGGAAGUGAGAUGAGCGAUGAUUUCUAUGAGGAUCAUCCAUAUCUUGACCGUUUUUGGCAAAAUAAAACUAUUAGUUUACGUUCCAUUUUUGUUGCCAAAUGCCAAGGCUCAUUUCUCUAUGCAUAUCACUUUCAAUCUGGGCUAAGGGCUCGCUAUGAUCUUGAGAAGAUAACAAAUAAUGACGUCAUGGAGUUUUUCCCACAAGGACUAAAUUCUGUUUACCAAGGAUAUUUCAAACGUCUUGAAGACGAGCUUAACGCCAUAAAACAUGAAAAGUUUGAUGUGUUGAAAAUUUUGGAAAUGCUGGCUGUUUCCGAAGGACCUCUUCCCCUCACUUUCGUCGCUCAGGCUUUUGGUUUAGCUCCGGAUUGUCGCGAAACGAAAGACAUCAUCAACAAAAUUAAUGAAACCAUAUCGUGCUUGUUGUACGUUUCAGAUGACAUGUUAACCGUUUUUCACAAAUCCGUUAUUGAUUGGCUUCUAGCAAAGGGCUACAAAGAUCACCAGUAUACUGUCAAGGUCGAUGAUGGACAUAGAUCGCUUUGGCUUUUAUGCGAGAAGGUUUUUAAUGAAAUUAAAGAUAAAGCUGUUCACUCAGAACUUGAGGUGAAGUUUACUAACGACGUAAAAUACGCUCUGAAACAUGGUUUAAAACAUCUAGAAAAGUGUGAAAUGGAGGAAAGUGUCUUUUGGUCAGUUGAUCUUAUUAUCGUAUGUUAUAUGUUAACUGUAGGCUAUUCAGAUGUAUUGCAGCGUUUCUGGCUCAAAUUACUCCAAAGUUCUUGGGUUAAAAACGAAGAUUUACGUGCCCUUAUUUCGUACCAUAUCAUUGAAGUUGGCUCUUUUGAUCAUGCCCUGAAUCCCACGGGGCUGUAUUACAAUCUUUCAAAACAACUUUUUUCGACAGUAUAUUCACAAUGGUAUUUACAAGCGGUUCUUACCCGUUCCCCAGAAGGUUAUUUUAGCGAUGAUGAGAAGAAAAUCGCGGAGAGGCUACUAUCAAACGUCUCACCUUUUGUCGAGUCGAAUUCUUACGAAGUUUCGGUUUUGCCGCGAGCAGUCUGGGAACACAAAGACGUUGGUUUUAUUACAGCUGUUGCUUUAUCUAACGAUGAGAAAAGUGUAGCAGUUGGAAUAGAUAAUUUUAUCCAUGUGAUAUCCCUACCAACUUUAGUUAAAAUUAUGAGUUAUUCAACAAAAUUGAAAACAAUUCCAUGCUGCACAUUCUCUCCAGACGAUUCUUUCAUAUUAUUUGGUAAACUGGAAACGGCGUUUAACAUUGCUGGAAGAAAGGAAGUUCCAUUUUUCCCUGGAAAUGAAGAGACUUUCCUGUCCUGUGCAUUUUCCCCUAACGGCAAAAGACUGGUGACUAGCGACGAUUCAAACACCAUUAAACUAUGGGACGUUGCUAAACAAAAAAUGCUGUCGUCGCUUUGUGCUGGAUUUCGUGUUGGUUGGUGUUCUUUUAGCGUCACGGGGUUAUUUAUUAUUGGAAAUUCAGAAUCUUCAUCUCAUCCGGGUUAUUCGUUUUGUGUUUGGAACGCCAUCACAUUGCAAAGAAUGGAUGAGCGAAAAUUAUCUCACGGGGAAAGGGAGAAACCAGAUGUUUUAAAGAGCUUUGUCAGCUUCGCUCUUGAAAGGAAUAAACCCGUGAAAGUUCUUGAUGUCAGUGAUGUUGAUGGUCCUGUAAUGAUCAAUUUGCCUGGAAUUGAGCCUGAGAUGAAAGUGAAAGUCUCCCCCAAUGCAAUGAUUCCAAAGUCGCAGUAG